CCGGAUUUACUUUCACUUUCACUCUCUGUAGCGAACUUCUGGUUGCUUCCUCGUUGCUUUAGUCUGUUCUGAGCUUUUAAAGCAAUCCGACAGAUUAUAUAUCAGUAAAAGAGGUUACAGCUAAGUUUAAAACAUAUCCCUGAACACCAUGACGUCUUUAGACAUGAGCCCUGCUUCGAAAAAACAGGUUGACGGAUUUACCAAAAAGCUCACCAGAGAGGCAGAGCAGCUCAUCUCAGCUUUCUUCCCUCAGAAGAUAGCAGAAAUGGACAACCUGCUCCAGGUGUCGCUGGUUCUGGAAGACCUUUCUGUUCUCAGAGCUCCGCUGGAAAUCCCGAUACCAGACCCUGCCAAAGAGGAGCUUAAGAGGAAGAAGAAAGAAGAGAAAAAAGCAAAGGAGGGAAAGAAAUCCGAAGACAAAGAGGACGAGGAAGCAGGUCCUCCCUGUGGCCCAAUAGCCAGUAACGAGAAAGUGGAAAAUCUCAUUAAAGCCAUAAAACCCCACAUUCAGAUGCUGAAGGAAAAUCUCAAUACAGUGUCCAUGUGGGUACAGCUACAGGUCCCCAGGAUCGAGGACGGGAACAACUUUGGUGUCUCCGUGCAGGAAAAGGUAUUCGAGCUGCUGACCAACACUCGCACCAAGAUCGAAGGAUUCCAGACGCAGAUCACAAAGUAUUACAGUGAGAGAGGAGAUGCUGUGGCCAAGGCUUCCAAAACACCACAUGUGGGUGAUUACAGACAGCUGGUUCAUGAGUUGGAUCAGCACCAGUACCGUGAGCUACGCAUCGUGGUUCUGGAGAUCCGCAACACCUACGCCGUGCUGUUUGACGUCAUCACCAAGAAUUACGACAAGAUUAAGAAACCCAGAGGAGACUGUAAAGCACUUAUCUACUGAGUAACUCACACCGUCAGCACUCUGAAAAAGAAACGUUGCAGAUUAGAUUUCGUUUUUGUGAUGCUUUCUCAGUUUCAAGUACAAAGCAGAGACAGAUCUGAAAUUUCCUUUGUUCAUCUUUACAUAAUAAAGCAGUGACAUUGUGUAAA